AGACACUCUCGACUAGUCCGCUGUCAACCGAACGCUAUGGCUGUCAAUUAGCCAUGACAUAACUUUAUGCUCCUGAUUUUUCCCGUAGAACAGUGGAAAGGCAUCAGGCACAAUCCUUUCUCUCAAGGCAGUAACAACGACAACAACAUCAUCAUCAUCAUCAUCAUCAUCGAUACUGUAGUCAAUCAAGCCCGUCAAUUUAAUUCAAGACAGAGUAUCCAGACCGCCUAUCCUUUCAUCUCCAGCACGACCCCCUGGUUCCACCAAUAUCCCGCCCAUCACCCAUCUGGAGACGUGCGAUGUUUGUUUAAACCAUGCUUGUCUGUGCUCCCAAGAAGUGACCGCCAAGGGAAUGAGAAGAUGGAGGGGGAAGAUGCGCACCUGGCAAAUGACCACCACCACCCCUUUUCAUCUUACCUCCGGCCGACAUAUCCGGAGUCUAGACCCUCAGCACUUUCUACCCGGUCUCACAUUUCUUCCAGCACACCGUAUACCUUCCAUUGUAUUAUCUCUACGACAGCACAGAGUUUUCGCGCACGUUUUAGCAACGAGGAACCGACAUUGCAUGAAGCGUGAUAAGAAACGAAGGGGAAAAAAAAAUAUGUAUGGCCCGCAACGUGGCAGUGGGAGCAGCAAUAGUGGGGGCAAAGAAGAGAAAAGAAAAACGAAGGACUAGAGGCCCACGAGCUCUUGGGAGGGCACAACACCUGCAUCAAGCGACAUCUGAUGUCUGUCUAUUAUUGUAGGGUGCGCGGAGUACAGAGGCACAGUACAGUUUGCAGGCGGGAACACAA